AUGUCGGGGUUUCGACUACUUGCGUGCGCUGCGCCUUUGACACUGGAGGGCCUUCCGGCCUGUGAAAAGGCCAUGCAACUGCGACGACUUCAAAUGACUGUCCAACUUAUCAGCAUAGUACUACUGUACUACGACUACCUCCUAACCUUGAAGGACGAAAUCCGCUAUGUCUGGUUUGGGAAAUUCAAACCGUCGACGAUCUAUUAUAUUUGCUGCCGAUAUUCACUCGCUGCGAAUGUCAUCUACUUGUACGCCAUUCUGCAGGACAGAUAUGGUACAAGGUAUGUCUUCGACCCUGUUCACAGAACAUUGUGCGCUGACCGUGGUCCGAAUCGCGCCAAGUUGUCGAGUAGCGUACACCAUCUCGUCCGUCUUGAGCAUCUUCGGCCACUUCGGUAUCAUCGACUAUCAGGAUUCCUAACCGCUCGAUUCAUCCUGGCACUAAGGGCGGCCCAAGCCCCGAACGACGACGAAAAUUCAGAUGGUCUCCCUUCUUUCGUGGCGAACGGAAACGCAGUUAGAGUAGGUGGUCGAAGUCCUAUCAGGUUUUCGACUCCAGUGCCGUCCAUCUUCGACGAAUUUCAGCAAGAUCUCGGUUUGGGAAGUGAGAGACACUCCGCAUGUGAUGCUGUAUAUGUUGAGCAUUCGAGUAGGAAUACACUGCAGAAACGGAGGGAGGAGAACCCGGAUAUAGAGGAGGGAUUCGUACAGGGAUGCUCUAGAGACUUUGAGUCGGCAUCCUCGUCGGAAUCACCUUGUAGAGACGUAUCAUCCUCAAGCGUUGUAAAACAAAGCUCGUCAGCACCCGAGCCGAGUGGUGUGUUGGGACAUACGCCUACGUCCGCCGUCUGGCCAGACAGUGCUUCGCUGAGAAAUAGAACGAAGGCAGGCCCUUCAUCAUCCUUGUAA